UUCAAACGACAGUCGCGCGUGCUGAUUCUAAAAGCAGCAACAAUGCUGCUCAAUCCGAGCAACCUCCUGUGGGCCGUGGCCACCGGGCUACUGAUCUAUCGCUGUUUUCGGUUCAUGUUCGAUCGACCACCAAACUUUCCCAGCGGUCCACCCCGGCUUCCGCUGCUCGGAAGCUAUCUGAUCAUGCUGAUGAUCAACUAUCGGCACCUGCACAAAGCCGCCCUGCGGCUGAGUCAGCUCUACCGGACCAAGAUCCUGGGCAUAUAUUUGGGAGACUAUCCCUCGAUUGUGGUGAACGAUUUGGCUAUCGCAAAGGAAGUCCUGUCCCGGACGGAAUUCGAUGGCCGUUCGGAUCUGUUUCUGGCGCGCCUGCGGGAGCGGAACUUUCGCAGGCGGGGCAUAUUUUUCACGCAAGGGCCACACUGGAAGGAGCAGCGGCGAUUUGUGCUGAGGCAUUUGCGGGACUAUGGUUUCGGAAGGCGUUUCGAAGAAUUGGAAGCGGAAACGCGGAACGAAAUGAUGACGCUGCUGGAUGUGCUUCGAUAUGGGGCGAAAUAUGAUCAUGAACGGUUGUUCGCAAAGGACGGUUAUGUGAAUUGCCCAGACGCGUUUUACGGACUGCUGGGCAAUGUGUAUUUUCAAGUUUUCUGUGGAGAGCGGUUCCCGCGAAAGGAUAUGGCACUGUUACUUGAAACUGGCCGCCACGCAAUCCACUUUCAGCAGAAAGGUGACGACUAUGGAACCAUCCUGAGUUACCUGCCGUGGUUGAAGGACUACUUCCCGGAGGCCACAAACUAUCGCAUACUCAGGGAAGUGAACGAUCGAAUGAACGACAUGAUAGAAGGAAUGGUCGAAAAAUACCUGUCUUCGUACGACGAGAACCAUACCCGG